AAAACCAGAGAAGAAGACCGUUGCUAUGCAACGGGGCUGCAAGCGAUACACAGGCUGCCUCUCGCGUUGUAGUUUAUCUCCUUUUUCUAAACGUCAUUAUUCAGCAAUCCAGGGAACGCCAUGCCUCUUCCAGACACAAUGUUCUGUGCCCAGCAAAUUGACAUCGCCCAAGAGCUGCCAGACAUCCUGAAAAACUUCACCAAGGCAGCCGUCCGUACGCAGCCCGAGGACCUGCUGCUGUGGUCUGCGGCAUACUUUACUGCGCUGUCUAAAGGAGAGCGUCUGCCUGUGAAGGAUCGGCUGGAGCUGAAUGUCACAAAUAAGAUGGACAGCGCGAUGACUCCUGGUCUGCUAAAGACUCUCCAUAAACAGCUAUCCAUCAGGGAGACGUGCAGCGAGGAGGAACUGCGGGAGAAGUGGAGGGGUCUGUGUCUACCCACGGAUCAGCUGGAGACCCUGCUGUCGCUGGGCAGUUUUGGCUCAGACAUCGAUUGGAUGGAGUUUUUUGCCCUGGGCUGCAGUUCUCUGGGAGAGACGCUCAUAAGUUCCCUCAAGGUUGCUUGCGAGCUGCUGACGGAGGACGAGGAGGGCGGUCCUGCCAGGAUCCCGUUUGACAUUUUUGUCAAACUCUACACCUACCUGGCUCACCUGGAGGGGGGCAUGCCACAGGAUCACAUCAAUAACUUCCUUGGCAGCCUGCAGGCCCAAGUGGUGCUCCAAUGCGGGAUGAUAAAACCGCUGGACUUCAUCCAUUUGGAGGAUACGAACCCAACUGCUUCUUAUCUUUCAAACUUUUCCACAAAAAACCCCAUCAAAAGCUGAUUCAGAAUGAUGAAGGACAGAAAUGACCAAAUGCAUUUAUCUAUUCAGGCCCAAUUAUCUUCUUCAUGGAAUCAUGAUCUCACAAUCCCCAAAUACACGAGUGAGAACAUAGAUGAUAUAUUCACUUUGUAAUUCUACAGAGAAGUCACAGGGGUUUUCCUCUGAUGUCAACACUUUUCUGGGACUUUCAGUAUCCUCCGUUUAAUUUCUCGGCCUCACCCAAAGACGUUAUGUGUGCGUUUGUGUGUGUGUGUGUGUGUGUGUGUGUGCGUGCAUUGGGAGGGGGGUUCUUUUCUUAAUAGUAUGUAUUUGAGUCUAUGUAAACUUUUGAAUGUAUUUAUUAAUAAUACUACUUUCCUGAUCAGGUGUACCAGCGUUUGUUGGAUAUGUUAACAAUAAAUUACGUUCAUUUGUCCA